UCAAAACGUCAACAUUUGCAAAGGGAAAGCGGGCGAAGAACAUAAUGCACAAGUUGGGGGCUAGGUCCGGGAGUGAAAUUCCAAAGUUGCACAGUUUCCAACUCGCCAUCAGCCGAUCUUGUUCCAUUAAAAAACUGAUUAGCGUAUAACCUUUGAGAUGAUAUCAGAAACCUGCAUCGCUCCAGUCAAUAUUGCUGUGAUUAAGUAUUGGGGAAAGCGCGAUGAGGAACUUAUUCUACCGAUCAACAGCUCGCUUAGCAUGACCCUCAGCACGGACCAAAUGUGCGCUAAGACGACGGCGGCCGCAAGUGCGACUUUCAAGGAGAAUCGGAUGUGGCUGAACGGGGAGGAAGUACCCUUCGAAGGGAACCCUCGAAUGCAAAAGUGUCUGGAUGCGUUGAAGCGGCUCGCUGAAGCAGAGAAGUCGAAAAGGUUUCCUUUGGAGUGGAAAUUACAUAUUUGCUCGGAGAAUAAUUUCCCUACCGCCGCGGGACUGGCUUCCAGUGCAGCCGGUUAUGCCUGCCUAGUGUAUACUUUAGCCAACCUGUAUGGUGUCGAAAAAUCGGAGCUGUCUUCAAUAGCACGACAAGGAAGCGGAUCUGCUUGUCGUAGUAUAUACGGCGGAUUCGUGGAGUGGGUAGCCGGCAUUAAAAACGACGGAAGCGAUUCCAUAGCAAUCCAAGUACAACCGGCCCUACAUUGGCCCGAGAUGAGGGUCCUCAUUUUAGUUGUAAAUGACUCUCGAAAGAAAACAAGCUCUACCAACGGCAUGUUGAAUAGCGUUAACACAUCAGACCUAAUAAAGCAUCGUGCCAAUGUGUGCGUUCCACAAAGGAUACUCCAGAUCAAGGAGGCUAUCGCACGGAAAGAUUUUAAAACUUUUGGGGAAAUAACAAUGCGAGACAGCAACCAAUUCCAUGCGAUUUGCCUUGACACAUACCCUCCUUGCGCCUACAUGAAUGAUACGUCGCAUGCAAUCGUCAAUUUUAUUCAUCAAUACAACGAAACUCGAGGGGAUGUGAAAGUGGCUUAUACUUUCGACGCAGGACCAAACGCGUGUUUAUAUCUUUUAGAAGAGGAGGUUGCGAAUGUCUUGUCUUUACUGAACAAAGUGUUUCCCAACGAUAAUUCUGAAAAUUCUGAAUAUGUGAAAGGAAUCCCCAUUGAUCUUCAGAAAGUUCGUCCAGCAAGCGAGCUUUAUAAUCAAGAAAUCGUGCCUGUUGGAAACAACCUAUUGAAAUAUAUCAUUCAUACGAAGGCGGGUGAAGGUCCCCAGAAAUUAUUGGAUCCCGAAGACUCGUUGGUAGAUGAUGCCGGAAUGCCGAAAAAGCUCAAAUAACGAAGGUACUAGGAAAACUCCGGGCUUCCAUUGAUUCAUUCUCGAAUUCCAUGCGUAGUUGAAGUUUAGCUAUUUAUUGGGCGGAUGUGGAACAAAACAAAACUCUUUGCAUUUGGUGGUCAGAUCAAAGCUUUAGAUUUUAUAUUAAGUGGAAUAGUAAAGUGGUUGAAUUAUAACUCUGGUGCGUCAGAUAUUUAUAUAUCCAUAUAUAUGAAAAUGGGAAAACAUUUUUACCUGUUUCCAGUUUUCUAUUUAAGUAAAGUGUCCGUUAAUUUUCUU